CAUCUAACAAUCAUUCGAUCCAAGUGUAUCAACACAUCGACAACACAGCUCUAGCAGCGCCCUAAAAUAAUAAUAUUAUUUUAAUUUUCAAAAUCCUCCAGUAGAUUAAUUUUCACUAGUUUUACGGUGUAAAUAAUUAAUAUUUUUUUUCGAAAAUAUUAUUAUUUUUUCAAAUUCAAUUUCAAAGUUUGUUCAAGGCACUAUGCAGUCCCUGAAGUCCAUUACCGUGAGCGCCGUGAAGGGGCAGCUGCAGAGACCCGCGGUUGUGGUGAGGUCGAUUCGCAUGGACUCGAAACUGUUGGGUUUAAAGAAGGGUUUCCCCAACACCAAGGUGUCGGCCACUGUCCUCAACAGUAAUCUGCCGGAGGAUGGGGAGACGGAGCUCAAGCCGGAGGAGCCCCGCAAGCCGGCAGAUCUGCCGGCACCCAUCGUCACCCACCGACGAAACGAGAUGGACCAGCGCGCGACCCGGAAUACCCAGUAUCAGGAAUACCUGAAGCACCUGCUGGACAAGCAGAAAACAAAAUCAGAGGAACGCAUCCAGUGCAUGCCGUUCGUGCCGGCUCCAGCCCCGCCGGAGAACCCCAUCCGCAAACACUACGACACCCCGGAGGCCCUUCUGGAGCAGGUCAGCGAUCCCAUGGAGCUGGCCAAGGAGCUGAUACGGGUGCGGCGACAGUUGAGCUCAGAGAAGGCGCGUGCAGAUCUCUUAUUGCAUCAUUACCUGGAACUGGAAUCAUCGAGAUGCACUCCUGACCACUCGCACCCAUCCACCUCCUACUCCAUGCCCUCUAUCCCUCUAUCCUUAUCCAAAACCUCCUCCACCUCCCAGAUCCCCAACAAAACCCCCUCCACCACCCAGAUCCCUUCCAAGUCGCAGACCACCAAAACCACCACCCCCUCCAAAGCGGCCACCUCCACCUCUGGCACCACCACCACCCCGUCAAACGGCGCCAACUAAACCCCAUGGACUCCAAGGACCCCCGCUAGCGCGCUACUAACUGUCGGAUUGUAGUAGAAUAAUUUUUUUGGCAUUAUAAUUUAGGACAUAUUUUUAUAAUUUAGGACCCCCCUCUU